AUGUCUACCGCUCGAUCGUUCGUGCUCAUCGCCCUUCUGCUCAUCGCCGUCUGCAAUGCCAAUCUGGCCACCGGCAGGUUUGUGAACUUUGAAUUAAAAACUAGUUUUGAGAACCGCUGUACUACCGCAUACGAACGUUAGAAACGGUACUAAUAUCAUAUGAGAGCAUUUUGAAACGGAAAAGAAUGCAAGUUCCGAAUGAGCGUUUGUUAACAAUGAUAAUAAAAAUUACUGUUUCAUAGGCUCCACAAGUCUUAAUACCAAUCAAGUAAAAUAAUAAGAAAAAAAUCCGUCGGGUACUGCUGAGUUUGCAAUGUAAUUGAAGCGUUCUUAAGAAAGUGUACUUAUAAAGUGAACAAAAGGGCGCGCUGUUCUCGCAAUCUGGCCGAAUUUCUAGACCACGAAGUAAUUUUCCACUGAAAACGUGGCCUAACUUUUCAAACUCGGCCCCGAGGUCGCUCAAUUCGCCACUGCAAAAAGAGUUUGUCGACAGAGCGCCAUUUCUGUGCGGUGCCCGUAUAAUAUCUAAGUAUCUAAGUAUCGUAUAAUCCCCUCAUCCCCUCCCCCUUUUUUCUCCUCUCUCUCUCUCUUCUCCACGUUAAAAAUAAACGUAAAUAAAUAAAUAAAUAAAUCAAUCGAUCAGUAAUAUUUGAACAAAUUCGAAUUGAAGCUCCCCUUAUAUAAGUAUUCUGAAACAGUUCAAAAUUUCGUUGCAGUGCAGUUUCAUAAGGUUUAUAUUAAAACGAGACAGUCUAUUCGAACAAUUCAAUUAUUAUAGAGCAGUUCUAGAUUCGAAAAGUUCUCUUCCUUUUUUCAGAGCAUCUCUGCGUCCGUCAGCCGGAAAACGAAGUGCCGGAGCAGUUCUGGUGGGGAGAACGCCCGCCCAUUACUACCAUCUCGCUGCGAAACGGUUCGAUGACAACGGUAAGCCGCCACUGUUUCAUGUCCUUCAGAUCUGAUCACUCGAUUCUAUUGUAGAAGUAUCGUGCAACCUGAACACAAUGGCGGUGCUCAAUUCGCGUUACGAACAGCUUCAAGAGGAAAUCGAAGAGAUUGUGGACCUGUUGGAAGCAUGUCAGACACUCCGAAAUGCCAUUUGA